AAUUAUCUCAAAGCCAGCUGUUUUCUUUUGUUUCAAACUCUAAACUCUCCUAUCCUCCCCCUUGAUCUCUCUCUCUCUUGAUCUACGCUCCCAUUCACAUUCCACACUUUACCCAUCGCACUCUCUCGAUCCGCUUCAUCCCGAUUUCAACCAAUUACGUGCCUGUGCCUCUUGUUGUUGUCGUUGUUGUUCUCUGUGAUUGGGCGUGUGAAUUCUGGUUGGGGAACAAUGACGGUCGACGUGGAGGUCAAUGUCAAUGGAAACGGUAAGGUGUCCAUCAAGGGUGAGAGUGAGGUCGAGGACAAUUGUAGCUACCAGGAUUUGAACAAAGGUGGGGAUUCCAAUACACUCAAGCAAAAACAACUCCAAGAGAAUGACACUGGUGGGAAGGACGAUUGUGGUGACACCUCCUACGUUUUCGUUACCGGAAACGACAUCGUUUCCACUGAUCCGGCUGAGGAUGGAGAUGGUGGUAUUAAGAACCACAAUGUCGGUUAUGAAGAUCAUGGGAUUGAGAAUGGGGUGGACAAUGCAGUCUCCACGGAUCAAGCCAAUGCUGGGGAGGGGGAGCUUAUUACCACUGCUGCUGUUACUCAAUCUGAGCCCCCACCGCUCCACGUUCACGUGGAAUCUUCUAUGGAAGAGACCUCGGAGGAGCCUCAAGGAAUUGUUGUGUCGGAGGUUACUGAAUGCAAAGGGGAGUUGCCACUUCUCCACCAUGAGAAACAAAAGGGAGGAGAAGUUGCAACUACAAUGGGUGCCCAAUCUGAUCAACCUCUACCCAGUCCUCCUGGCGAUGAGGACUCUAGAUGGGAAAGCAAUUCGUGUUUGGUUGAAGAAAAUCAAGAGUCUCAAAGUGCAGUUACAGUGAAUGUUGUCCAUCGUCAAGUGGAUCAGAUGGAUGAUUCAGCAAAUAUGACCUCCGAAGUUCCUAGGAUGGAACUUGAGUUGGAGGUGGAACAAAAUUUGGAAAACCCACCUGCUGAUGUCCAAGCAGAGACAGAAACAACUUAUAUUGCUAUACUUGAUCAGGAUAGGGUUACCUUACCUGCUGAUCAUGCUGGAGACAGUGUUGCAGGGGUUGUUCUCAGUAGUGGUUCUCUUUCUGGCAAUCAAGUCAAAGCUGAAGAAAAUGGGCCUGCUGAGGAUGUGGAAACCUUGCCCUCUCCUGACUCUGGAAGUGCAUCCAUCGAGGUUCCUGUUGCUGAUAUACAGUCAGAUAUGGGAGUUGAUGGUAAUGACGCUGUGGCGAAUGAAAACAAAGAUGGCUUGCUUUCUGUCGCGACCAAGGAAAUUGUUUCAGAAGCAACUCUUGAUAAUGAGCAAAAUGGAUUUUCCGACAAUGCCGAUGAUCUGCCCUCCAAAAUUUUCUCUGAGAAUGUCCCUGUUGAAAGUAGUGAAAGCUUACUGUCUGUUACUAUUGAAGAUGCAGCCAUGAAUUCUGCUUUUGAUGAUGCGAGAACAGAAGGUGAAAAUUUCGAUGUCAAAAGUGAUGAAUAUUCUGUUUCCAAUCCUGCAAAGGAUAUGGGUGUAGAAUCUGUAGUUGUUACUGACGACCACGCCAAAACCAUCCCUCUUGAUAAUGCUUCUGCGAAUAGUGCUGUUGAUGAUGCUAGAGGAAAGAGUGAUGUUGUAAAAAGCAACGAAUGUGCUGAUUCUAAUACGAAAAAGAAUGCGGAAGUAGAAUCCACGAUAAGCGUUACUCUUGAUAAUGCCACCAAAAAUUGUGCCGUUUAUGAUGUCAGAACAGAGAGUGGAGUUGAAGAACUGAACGUAGAAAGUAAUGGAUGUUCUGAUUCUAAUCCCACAAACCAUGUUGAAGUAGAAUUAGAGGUUAAUAACGGCCAUACAAUGGAAUAUACAACAUCAAGUGACCAACGGAUCAGUGAUGUGGAGACUGCAAUUGAAAGUAGUUUGUAUUCCAUUUACUCUGAAGAGAAAUUAUCUUCCCUCUCAAAUGGUGAUGCCAACUCGGUGGAAAAUCGAUCUUCUGAAAACAUGGACGGAGAAAGUCAUACAGUUGAGUUAGUUCAGAGUCAAAUCACCAGUGCUGAUGUGAAAGCUGAGUCUGACAUGAGCAGCACAGAUGUUCUGUAUAAUAAUUCUAUUGUUACUCUGGAAAAUGAAGGAGAUCAAUUCACUGGGAUAGAUGGUGCAAAUAAAAGUAAAGUUUCAACAGCUUCAAUUGAAGGUUCCACAGGUAAUGCUUCUGAAGAGCAGGAUGUGCCAGCUGAACAGGUGAAGAGGCCAUUUCACUACUUAAUAAAGAUUCCAAGAUUUGAGGAUGAGAACUUGAAAGCGCAGAUCAGACAAGCUCAGUCACAACUUGAGGAGAAAACUCAAAGUCGAGAUGCUAUUCAACCUGAAAUCCAGAGAAAAAGGGUCAAUUAUAAGGAGUAUGUGGAUAAUCUCAAAGCUGCCAUAUCUGAAGAGAAAACUCUACGAGACUUGCUUAGAGCUAAACGCAAGGAAAUGGAGUCUCUUCAAGCUGUGAGUAACAGAGCAAGGAAUGCUAUUUCUGUUGAGGGCAUUGAGGGCACGAUACGCAAUAUGGAACACAAGCUACAACAUGAAACCCUGACUUUAAAAGAGGAAAAGCUGUUGAUACGUGAAAUGAAACAACUGAAACAACAACGUGAGCAGGUCUCUUCUACUAUGGGUACCCAGGAAGAAGUUCAGGAGGCCAUAGACCAAAAAGAAGACAUAGAAGAGCGCUUGAAGUUUUUGAGGAAUGAAGCUGAUUUGCUUAGAGGUAAGAUUUUUAAAGCUGGGGUUGUGGCCAAAGAUGCUAAGAAGAAACUCUCUGAGGAGUCUGAAAUGCUUGAUGAAUUGCAAGCUCAGCGUCAAGCUGCAGAUGUUGUUCGCCAAGAAGCAUAUGCACAUUUACAAUGUUUGAAGAAACAAUCAUUUGAGAAGAGCAAAUUCUUUUUCAACUACAGGGAUGAUAAAAGGGAAGCUACCGAUUUGGCAUCAGCAGGAGAUAAAGAAGCACUUCAACGACUUUGUGUUAACCAGGUGGAGAGAGUUAUGGAGCAGUGGAACAAUAAUCUUGAGUUCCGGAGGGAUUACACGAGAUGCAACAUGAGAAGCACGCUAUGGAGACUGAGAACAUUGGACGGCCGUUCACUUGGUCCAGAUGAAGAUCCGCCGGUAAUUCCCAAUGUUGUAAAUGAGAGAGUGGCCAGUGCUGUGCCACCAAUUUCUAUUGAGAGAGUGGAGAAACAAGUUACGCCACUUAAUGCGACAAAAGCAGAUGAUAAAUUCACAACAAAGGUUGCAGACCAAAAGAAUCAGACAGCCAAAACAAAGAAGCCUACAAAACAUGCUCCUUUGUUGUUUGGCUCAGUAACAGUCUCUGGUAGAGAUGAAAUCAAAGAUGUGAGAGAGGAAGAGCAUAAGCGCACAAUGGAAGAAGAAGAAUCUGCAAGGAAGGCAGAGCAGUUGAAAAAGGAAGAGCAAGCUGCCAAAUUGAAGGAACAACAUCGGUUGGAGGAGAAGACCAAAGCUGCUGAGGCGCUAGAGAGGAAGAAGAGAAUUGCAGAAAAGGCUCAGGCGAGGGCUGCGCUUAGAGCACGAAAGGAAGCAGAGCAUAAAGAGAAGGAAAAGGAGAAGAGGGCAAGAAAGAAGGAGAAAAGGAAGGCAGCAGCGGGAGAGGAUGCAAAUGAUAACAAUGAGGGGGAAUCUACUAUUCCAAGCUCUGAAACUAUAACCGAGACUCUCAGGGAAUCUGAAAUUGAAGAGAAGCUUGUGGCAGUGACAAAGAGGCCUCAAAAGGCACCGCAGUUCAAGCAGCAUAGCAAGGCAAAAUCGACCCCCCUACCUCUUCGCAACCGUGGUAAGAGAAGGAUGCAAACUUGGAUGUGGGUUGUAGUUGCGGCAUUGGUCCUUUUGGCCUUGUUUCUGGUGGGAAACAGCGGUAUCUCUUAUCAUUUUGGUCUGCAGCGAUUCGGUUUCUGAAAGCAUCCUUUGCUUAUUGUUUCUAGGCAAUCAGCCAGAAAGAAACCAUCCCAUAGAUAUUAAUUAGGCCAUUCUUUAGUUGUCUUUUGUUUGGUUUUCUAUAGUUUGCUUUUAAUUAAUUACCAUAAGCGGGGGUUGGAUUUAUUAUUAUUAUUUUGUGUUUCUCUCUUUCACACAGCAUGAUAUAGAUUGAUUUUCUGUAAUGCCCUAAUAUUAAGGGAAGGAUUAUAGUAUUGUUUUCAUUAGUGUAAUACAAUAGGAUAAAUGGAAUGAUUAUUAUCUCUAGUCUACUGCCAAAA